AAGUUUCGCAACAACAACGCUUUCGGCCAGAGUGUUUUCUUAUCUUUUGCGCAUUCCCAACCCCAACUUUGAAACAGAAAUCGAUACAAGGUUGAUCUUGAUCGUUUAUUGAUUUAUCAGACUCCAGUUAUAUUUUCACUUCAUUGUCUUGCUAACACAGACAUUAUAAUUUGAGUUAAUGCAAUGAAAGUGAAUCCGUAAUUGCUUUUGAACAACGAAUGUGAUGUGCAAAAUAUUCUAAAUCAAAUCCUGUAAACCAAGUAUUUUGUAUUAAUUAUUUACAGUUGAUACUAAAUAAAAUAUAAAAGAGACUACGAGACCACAAAAUGGGCGAUCCAUUGGAGCUGACCACAUGGCCAAGUCAUGAAAGUACAUUUUAUGAAAUAACUAGUGGCGCUGUAGCAUUCUCAGUGAGAGCAGCGCGAAAUAUUGUCAUAGGUUUAUCCAAAAAAGUAAUCCGCACCUGUGACUAUUGGAUUGUAUUGAGCAAUGAUCCUCACAGUUUCAUAAAAAAAGGUAAUGAGCACCGUGUAAAGGUUCGUACACCUGGAGUUCUCAGUCCGGAGAAUUAUACAAAGUUUUGGAUUACUUGGUAUGGGAACUUCAUUAGACUUGGCCAGGGAGAUGACCCUAACCCUUUGAUAACCUGCCCCAAUAAGGUGCCUGGUUUGCGUUACAUUACCCUCGAUGUCAAGUCGCGAAGGGAGAGAACACCUGUGCAUUGGAAGGUUGAAUUACCACCAAUUAUUCGGAGCCAUAAAUUGAAGCGAUUAGAAGCUCCGAAACCUUUCUGGUAUGACCCUAAACUGUAUAUGCCAUAUGGUGCAUAUAUUGGUGGAUUUGAAGAUGAGCCUGUGUAUAUAGCUAAAGCCUAUCACAACGGUUCAAUGGUCCCGGGAAAGUAUGUCCGGUCUGACAACGUUUGUUACGUGCCAUGGGGCGGAGCUGCUCAUGCCAAAGAAGAGUUUCAGAUAUUAUGCGGCUACAAUUUGAUAUGGAUAAGUAGUUACAGUGACCAUGUGCCAGUGAAUGCGGUCCCUAGCGGCUACUCAGAGGAUGAUGUGCCAGAGAGGCUUUACAUAGGCAGAGCGAGACAUGACGGUCACAUUAUACCUGGCAAGGUGCAGCCGUCUCAUAGAGUCUGUUAUAUCGCUUAUAAGGAUAAAGAAAUUGCUAAAACACACUACCAAAUUCUGGUGAUACCCAAUGGCAGUGAACGUCGAGCGAAUAAGUUUUAUACUUAUGGUUUAGAAUGUGAUACCGGGUCUGAGUCUGAGAAUGAUGAGAAUGAACAAGAUGACUCUGACUAUGAGUAAAGAGGUAAUCAAGCAAUAUACUGUCGUAAAACCUGUAAAGUAUAUCCAUCUCGCUCAUACUCUUUGUAAGAAAAGGAAUAGCAUCUUAAACAGGUGAUGACAGUUGUAUGGUGAAUACCAUUUAAAUAUGACAAGUUCAUACUAUAAUUAAUAUAUUAUCCACAUUUAGAUGUAAGUUUCAACUAUUUAAUACAAUAUUCAAUUCAUAUGUGAUUAAUGGAAAAAGUAUAGAAUUAACAAAAUGAGUGAAUACUGAAUACUGAGUAAUUAAUAAUUAUUGAUUUAUUUUUAACUAACAGGAUGCUGUGCCAUGUCCCAAAUUAUUAAAAAAAUGUAUAAGUUUUUUUUUGGGAUUAGCGAAGCUCUGUAAUAUGGCUGUGGAUCUGAUAAGGCUUGCAAUAUCUCGGUUACGAGAUAUUUUUGUUUUUUAUUUUCGUUUUAAGGAGUUCAGCUGAAAAAGGAAGUAUGCAUAUAGGUAUUUCCUAGUACUGUAAGUGGACUGUGGAAAUGUGAGGAUUGGAUAUAUGGUUAGCUGGUCCAACAAAAAUGUGUAAAAAAAGUCUUUUGAACAACUUUUUGGAAAGACAAGUAAUGGAAUAAUAAAAAGUAAUAAAUAGCCGAGAAGUGUAUUGAAAAGAAUGAUUGUUACAUACAAGAGGGAAUGUUACGACCCAUGGAAAUACGGGAAGGCAGGGUAAAGCGGUACAUUGCUUGUUUGACGGAUUUUUCGAGAAUUUCAGCUACCAAAACAUGUACAAUAUAGAGACAUACCUUCUGAAACUCUGAAUAUAUGAUUCCAUACAGGUCUUUCGUCAAUGGAAAUAAUCUUAUAAUAAUUAAUAAUUCAGUAUGUAUAGACCAACAAGGCUAUUUGACCGAGUGGGUAAAAGUCAAAUACAAUUAAGACAGCUCACUAGCGCCACCCUAUCAAUGUAAAAAUGGUAACAAAAUACAUUUUUUAAGCUGUCGAGUAUUUUAUGCUACUUUCUGUCUAUAUAAGCGGUCAC